AUGUGCAAUGUGUCAGUGAGUGAUGACAUCAUAACAAUCCCACAGUCUGCUCUUCUAGUGCCUGCUGAUCUAUGUCAGUGUUGGUGGUGCUGUGUGUGUGUGUGCGCUCUAGGCUGCCUGCUGUCACAGCGUUUUUAUCUCCCCCCAUUGCCUGGGGAACUCCAGCCUGGGAUCUGCCAGUGUUGAUCCAUCAUCCUCCACUCACUGCAACUGUGACCCUGCCACUGCCAGCCACAGAUACAGUCCGUCUGUGACACUGAUGUUGUCUUUAAUAUUGGUGCUUGUGGCAUUUUAAGGCAC